AUGGAGAAGGCUCAGAGAAAGGCCAAGAAACUGCUCCAAAAGUCUGGCAACAACUUCGACUCGGAUGACGAGGCUGGUGGCAACGGGGCGGCUGGCAUGGGUGGCAGCUCGGGUAAUCCACCUGGCGUCUUUUUCUGUUGGCACUUCGGCGACAAGCAGACCAGCUGCUUCACAAUACCGCCGGACGUGUCAGAGAAGGACCCGAGACAGGCUCGAGCCGCGAGACUUUACGACCUUGCCGUGAAGCUUUACAAAGGCAAGCUUGCCCCGCUGGUCCCUCAGGAACAGUACGAAUUACCCAUCCGCGGUGCAGCUAGCGACAGCAACUACACUAGGGGGGAUCCGCACCCCGGCAACGCAACGCCUCCACCCAGCAGCAAGCCCGUACCGCCGCCGCCGCCGCGCAAUGUCCGACCCGAGAAGUCGCGGGACAAGUACACUGUGCACGGGAUUGACAAGGGCACGCCAUACAUCAAGGGCAUUGACAAGAAGGACCCCGGCCGUCACGUCGAUGUGCAGUACUCGCAGACGGAGAAGCAGUACUAUGUGAAGCCCGGCAGCGAGAGGAUCUGGCUUAAGGAGCUCAGAUAG